CAGAAAAACAAAUUAUAGUUGGGAUACACUGGGUGUGUGGUAGCAAGUUCUUAGUGCACAAGAAAUAGAGUUCAUGGUGCAAAAUGCGUGCAGUUUUGUUUAUAUCGUUUUUUGCAAUGGUUUGUGCUUCGAACGCACUAAUUGUGAAAAACUUCGAGGCGAAUCCUUUUGCCAAGCGACUCUACGAUGAUUUGCUCAGCAACUACAAUCGCCUUAUUAGACCUGUUAAAAACAAUAGCGAAACCUUAACAGUUUGCUUGGGGUUGAAACUGUCUCAAUUGAUUGAGGUCAACCUGAAAAAUCAAGUGAUGACAACAAAUUUGUGGGUUAAGCAAAAAUGGUUUGACUACAAACUGCAAUGGGACCCUGAAGAAUACGGUGGGGUUGAAAUGCUCUACGUACCUUCUGAACAUAUUUGGCUUCCUGAUAUUGUCCUUUAUAACAACUGGGACGGAAAUUAUGAAGUGACCCUUAUGACGAAAGCGACCCUAAAAUAUACCGGUGAAGUUUUCUGGGAGCCCCCAGCUAUCUACAAAUCUUCAUGUGAAAUUAACGUUGAAUACUUCCCUUUCGAUGAGCAAACCUGCUUCAUGAAAUUCGGUUCAUGGACAUACAAUGGAGCUCAAGUUGAUCUGAAACACUUGGAUCAGGUACCAGGAAGUAACGUAGUGAAAAUCGGGGUUGAUUUGAGUGAAUUUUAUUUGUCUGUUGAAUGGGAUAUCCUAGACGUCCCUGCUAGCAAAAAUGAAGAGUAUUACCCGUGCUGCACUGAACCAUUUUCAGAUAUUACAUUCAAAAUGACAAUGAGACGUAAGACAUUGUUCUACACCGUCAACUUGAUUAUUCCAUGUGUUGCUUUAACAUUUUUAACUGUUCUUGUCUUCUAUUUGCCAAGUGAUUCGGGAGAAAAGGUUACCCUCUGCAUUUCGAUCCUUGUGUCGCUCACUGUGUUCUUCCUGCUGCUUGCCGAAAUUAUUCCGCCAACUUCGCUAGCAGUCCCGCUUUUAGGAAAAUAUUUGCUAUUUACUAUGAUAUUAGUGUCGUUGUCUGUUUGGACGACUGUAUGUGUGUUGAACAUACAUUUCAGGUCACCUUCCACACAUAACAUGUCUCCGCUUGUACGCACCCUCUUCCUUCAAUUCAUGCCGAAGGUAAUGAUGAUGCGAAGGACGCAGUAUACUCUUCCAGAUUACGAUGACACAGCUCCAAGUAAUUGCUAUUCAAAUGACCUGGAUGCAAGAGAAAAUUCCAAUUCUUUCUCGAAGGAAUAUAAGGCUGGCCAGGAUGGUGCUCUAGAAAGCUCUAAUACAAAUCCUUCGUCAGAUUACAUAUUUCUAAACCAGUUGUCUCCAGAAGUUGUUCAAGCAUUGCGCAGCGUUCGCUUCAUUGCACAACAUAUCAAAGACGCCGAUAAGGACAAUGAGAUUGUCGAGGAUUGGAAAUUCGUUUCCAUGGUAUUGGAUCGUUUCUUCUUAUGGGUGUUUACGUUGUCCUGCAUCGGUGGUACUAUUGGAAUAAUCUUUCAAUCGCCCUCCCUAUAUGACACUCGACCAGCUAUUGAUCAACUUCUUAGUGAAGUUCCAUUGCGAAAGAAUAACUUCAUGCUUCCGCCAGAUACGGCCCGCAUAACUUUAGACUAAUUUUCUACGACGUUUUUACUUACAUAAACAUGGAAUAAUCGCAUUCUUCCAAUUCUCCUGGAAAUAACUAGUUGAAAACCCGAAAUAUGUAGUUGUCCGAUAUGUUAACAUAGACGUAUUAUUAUUGCAGUACUUACCAUUACUGCUAUAAAGAUAAUAACAGUAGAAAAGUAUUAAUCGUAAGUAAUAUUGUUUUAAUGAGUAAACUAA